AUGCUGAGUAGUUUCAACACUCCUCCCAAGAACGUCUCCGGCACACUCGAGGCUUUCACCCUACACGUACCUGAGGAAGACUUGUCUAAAUUCCAAGAGCUUUUGAAAUUGUCUGAAAUCGGACCAGCAACAUGGUGGAAUACACAACAAGAUUCCCAAUUCGGAGUGUCCCGCGAGUGGCUAAGCCAGGCUAAAAAUACAUGGCUCAAUAAAUUCACCUGGCGCGAUCAUGAACACUCUAUCAACAAGUUCCCCAAUUUCAAGAUCGCUAUCAGCGAUGAGGAAGCUGGGCAGGUGGAUAUCCACUUUGCGGCACUCUUCUCUAAAAGGAAGGAUGCUAUCCCUGUCAUCUUUCUUCACGGAUUUCCGGCUUCGUUUAUGGAAUUCCUACCGAUGAUGCAGCUACUUGCCGACAGGUAUACACCGGAGACACUACCGUAUCAUAUCAUUGUUCCCUCUUUACCCGACUAUGGACUUUCCGGUAGCCCUACUACGGAUGUCGAGAUGACUCUGACCCAAGCUGCGCGUAUCAUGAACCAGUUGAUGCUUGAUCUUGGGUUCGUCGACGGUUAUGCCGCGCAGGGAGGUGACCUUGGCAGUAUGCUUGCGCGGAUUAUGUCUGUUCAAUACGAGGAAUGCAAAGCUUUUCACGUUAACAUGCUCGUGUUGGAUCCGGGAGAGUCGGCCCCUUCUCGCGACAGCUUAACUCCCAAAGAACUGGAUAUCUUGCAACGGACCGAAACUUGGCGCCAGACGGGCUUAGCUUAUGCCCUCGUGCAUGGAACCCGUCCAGCUACCGUCGGGCUGGCAAUGUCUUCCAGUCCACUUGCCUUGCUGGCAUGGAUUGGUGAGAAGCUCCUUGAAUGGGUUGAUCAGCGAGAACCGCUUCCGCUCGACACAAUUCUAGCUUGGGUCAGCUUCUACUGGUUCACGAAAACAUUCCCUCGCAGUUUGUACCAUGCCGAACUCGUCAAAAACUUGCUCAGAGGGGAUAAACAUCCAAUUUCAAAGGAGAAGCCGCUUGGGUAUUCGAUGUUUGCCCAUGAUCUUGCGAUAUUACCACAAGCCUGGGCGAAGGAAAUAUAUCCAAAUCUGAUAUUCUAUCGGGCCCAUGAAACUGGUGGGCAUUUUGCCAGCGUAGAGCAACCAAAAGCAUUUUUGGAGGAUGUUGAGGACUUCUUGGCAAAGAUCCGUGGAUUGCUCUGA